CCGCGCAUGCGCCGGGGCCGGGCCGGGCCGGGGGCGUGCGCUGUGAGAGCUGAAUGUUCGGGCUGCGGUCGCUCCUGGGGCUCGGGCUGCUGGUUGCGGGCUCCCGCCUAUCGCUCCUCAGAGUCCAGGCCGGCGCCUGUCGCGCAGGAGCCAGCUGGUGGGGGCCGCAGCGUCUGAUCUCGGGUGGCCGGGGGAACUCAGAGGUCAUGGCGAGCUCAGCAGUGAAGUACCUGAGCCAGGAGGAGGCCCAGGCCGUGGACCAGGAGCUGUUUAACGAGUACCAGUUCAGCGUGGACCAACUUAUGGAGCUGGCCGGGCUGAGCUGUGCCACAGCCAUUGCCAAGGCAUAUCCCCCCACGUCCUUGUCCAGGAGCCCCCCUACUGUCCUGGUCAUCUGUGGCCCCGGGAAUAAUGGAGGAGAUGGCCUGGUCUGUGCUCGACACCUCAAACUCUUUGGCUACCAGCCAACCAUCUAUUAUCCUAAAAGGCCUAACAAGCCACUCUUCACUGCACUGGUGACCCAGUGCCAGAAAAUGGACAUCCCUUUCCUUGAUGAAAUGCCCCCAGAGCCCAUGCUGAUUGAUGAACUAUAUGAGCUGGUGGUGGAUGCCAUCUUUGGCUUCAGCUUCAAGGGUGAUGUUCGGGAGCCAUUCCGCAGCAUCCUGAGUGUCCUGAGUGGACUCACUGUGCCCAUUGCCAGCAUCGACAUUCCCUCAGGAUGGGAUGUGGAGAAGGGAAACUCUGGAGGGAUCCAGCCAGACUUGCUCAUCUCCCUGACAGCACCCAAAAAGUCUGCAACCCAGUUUACUGGUCGCUACCACUACCUGGGGGGUCGUUUCGUGCCUCCUGCUCUGGAAAAGAAGUACCAGCUGAACCUGCCACCCUACCCUGACACCGAGUGUGUCUAUCGUCUGCAGUGAGGGAAGGUGGGCGGGCAUUCUUCCCAAUAGAUUUAGUUCCUCUCUCCCAGAACUGUGGAGUCCUGGGAGCUCUUCUGGCAAUAAAGGUUAAGAGAUGGCAGGAGCCAGAGAGCAACACUGGAGAUGUGGUGCCCUCUCUCUGGGGGAACAAUAUGCAAGAGGGGUUGCUAUGAUAUUUGGGGGCAAUGACAAUUCACUUUCAGAUG